AUGCACCCCCGUGCCGCCUGGCACCGCCACGAGCGCAGCGCCAGGGCGGAGGAGGAUGCCAGCCCCGGCGUGUGCCAACCGCCGGCACCCAGCGAGAGGGCAGCCCCCUCCUCCUUCUGGAGGAACGUGAUGCCCAAGACACUGGAUGGCCAGAUCACCAUGGAGAAGACCCCCAGCUACUUUGUGACCAACGAGGCCCCCAGGCGCAUUCACUCCAUGGCUAAGGACACCAAGCUGAUCGUGGUGGUGAGGAACCCGGUCACCCGGGCCAUCUCGGACUACACUCAGACACUCUCCAAGAAGCCAGAGAUCCCCACCUUUGAGGUGCUGGCCUUCAAGAACCGGACCCUGGGGCUGAUCGAUGCCUCCUGGAGCGCGAUCCGCAUCGGGAUCUAUGCGCUGCACUUGGAGAACUGGCUCCAGUACUUCCCCCUCUCCCAAAUCCUUUUUGUCAGUGGCGAGAGGCUCAUAACUGACCCAGCCGGGGAAAUGGCCAAGGUCCAGGACUUCUUAGGCCUCAAGAGGAUUGUGACAGAGAAACAUUUUUACUUUAAUAAAACCAAGGGGUUCCCCUGUCUAAAGAAGCCAGAGGACAGCAGCGCUCCCCGGUGCUUGGGCAAAUCCAAGGGUCGAACUCACCCCAAAAUAGACCCAGAUGUCAUCCACAGACUGCGGAAGUUUUACAAACCAUUCAAUGUCAUGUUUUACCAAAUGACGGGCCAAGAUUUCCAGUGGGAGCAGGAAGAAAGCGAUAAGUAG